AUGCCCAAAACACAAACAAACCGGGACAGUCCUCCAUCGGCACCAAUCGAACCGACGGGAGCUCUGAGACAGGUACGAACGGCGCAACGCCAUCAGGACCUUGUAGUUGAAGACGGUCGCAGCAUACCAGUGACUUCGAAUCAAUUGAGCGAUGCUGAUCACGAUAAAGAUCAAGCAGACGACCAUGGUACUAUAAGUUGUAGGGGUAGCACCCAGAAAGACCCAGUGAACUCCAAAGGCCAAUUAAAGAAUACGAAUCCCGAGACAGACAGCAAUGGGGCUGACCUCACGGAUGGGCCCAGUAGUGAGGUGCCGGAUACUUACACUGAAGCCUGUAGUAAUAUCACCCAGGAAGCUACACAUAUCAGCACUGAAGCCUGUAGUAGCAGCACCCAGGAAGUUGCACAUAUCAUCACUGAAAUGGGCUGUAGUGUCACCCAGGAGAGUAUGCCUGACACACAAUGCCAGGGAUCCAGCACUCCUGCCAGCACGGCAUCGAUCGACGAGAGUGAUGCGAAGAAGCGUGUGGGCUACGUGAGACCUGAGGCCCGCGGAGUGUCCACGAAUUCGGGUCUUCUGAUGGCCCUGAACAAUUCACUGGGACUGCGGUCACUCAGAGAAUACUGUCUCAGAGGAGCACACAUGUUGCGAGAGUGUAUACGGCAGACCGACGAGAUGCAAGCAGGGCUUAUGUAUCUGGCCCAUGGUCAGAGCAAACACAGGCACGCCAUUGCUGUGCUUCCCUUCGAGAGCGAAACGGUGCACGAAGGGCAGAUGGUGAUCACACAUGGUGCAGGUAGUUCUAUACCUCAUCGACCGAUGGCACCACCGUGUGGACUAGCGUUCAG